GUGAGGUCUGGGUCCAUCAUGGCGGCCAACGCGACCACCAACCCCUCCCAGCUGCUGCCCCUCGAGCUCGUGGACAAGUGCAUAGGUUCGCGCAUUCAUAUUGUGAUGAAGAGUGAUAAAGAGAUUGUCGGAACGCUGCUAGGGUUUGAUGACUUUGUCAAUAUGGUGUUAGAAGAUGUUACAGAAUUUGAGAUUACACCUGAGGGCAGAAGAAUCACAAAGCUAGACCAGAUUUUGCUAAAUGGGAAUAACAUAACAAUGCUGGUUCCUGGAGGAGAAGGACCUGAAGUGUAAAUUGAGAUACUUUUCAUCUCUGAAGACAUGUUUUUUAUAUAAAUAAUCUAAAGAGAGCUAUUGGGGUAUGGAUCUGGGUAGGUUUUUGUACGGGUUGGUUUUGAUUUUGGUUUUUUUGUGUUUACACACUCUUGCAGUUGACAUUUGAUACAAGGAUUUCCUCUGCAGGAAAGGUGCAUUGCUAAUGAUAAUGCUGAUUUUUGUUAUUUGAAAUAAUGACUUUCUUGUAAAGAUGCACUAGUCUGUUCUGAAUAAAAGACUUUUUGUUAGUUACC